AUGUCUACCGCAAAGGAGAAUCCGUGCAGGAAAUUCCAAGCGAAUUUCUUCAACAAGAGCAAGUGUCAGAACUGCUUUAAGCCCCGAGAGCUCCAUCUGCUCACCGACCAAGAUCUCAACCAGGCCAAGCCCAUCUAUGGAGGAUGGCUCUGCCUGGCCCCCGAAGGAACAGACUUCGACAACCCCAUGCAGAGGUCCAGGAAAUGGCAGAGGAGAUUCUUCGUGCUCUACGAACAUGGCUGCCUGCGCUUUGCACUGGAUGAGUCGCCAAGCACUCUGCCCCAAGGAACGGUCAACAUGAACGUAUGCACAGACGUGAUCGACGCGGAGCCCAAAACCGGCCAGAAGAACUCCCUGUGCAUCAUCACCCCCGAGCAGGAGUACUUCAUCCGAGGAGAGAACAAGGAAAUCAUCAACGGGUGGAGUGAGCAGCUGUCAGUUUAUCCUCGCACCAACAAACAGAACCAGAAGAAGAAACGCAAAGUGGAGCCUACGACGUCACAGGAGCCCGGGCCGGCAAAGGUGGCGGUCACUGGCUCGGGCAUACCGGACGCUGAGAUGGGCCCUGAUUCCAGCUCCAUCAUCUGGCAAGAGGAGCUGAGCCAGAGAGAGGCCCAAGGAGGAGCAAUGUGGGCCCCUGCUGAGUUGCCCUGCCCAGGUGACCUCAGUUCUGUGAACGGGGAUGAAGUAGACCGCAGCAGCCACAUCCUGAAGACUUAUGCGCCCCAGCCCUCCAGUGACCCGCUGUCACCCACGGGCUCCUGUUCCAGCCUGGGAGGGGUGCCCCCCUGCCUAUCCCCAGCUCCCAGUGACCCCUUCCCUUCAGGGAGCUCGCUGCUGUCCAACGGCUCCCACAUCAGCGGCUCGCUCAGCUCUCUGGACUCUGACGCCAGCGGAGAAGGCCACCGGGGCCACCACCACCAUGACACCCCCAGGGCCCGCAGACUGGAGGCCGAGGCCCGUAAGGCUGAGAGAAGGAGGGAGCGAGAGGCCCUCGUCAGCCCUGAGAGGAGCCGCUCCGGUGUGAUCGAGAAGCUGGAGGCUCUGGAGCUAGAAAACCAAGAGAACCAGGAAAAGAUGGAGGUGGAGGAGGUGAAGGAGUCCAGGAGGGGCGAGGAGAGACGGGGCCGCAGCCAGCACAGAAGCUUCCACUCAGAGGAGAAAAAACAUGAGCCGGACUUCGCCUCCACUCUGCCCCCCCUGCGGAGAGCCAAGUCCCUGGACAGGAGAACUACAGAGUCUGUCAUGACCCCUGACCUACUGAACUUCAAGAAAGGCUGGAUGGUGAAGCUGGAUGAACAAGGCCAGUGGAAGAAGUACUGGUUUGUGCUGACGGACCACAGCCUGCGCUACUACAAAGACUCCAUUGCUGAGGAGGCUUCUGACCUGGACGGUGAGAUCGACCUGUCCACCUGCUACAGCGUCACAGAAUACCAGGCUCAACGCAACUACGGCUUUCAAAUUCAUACGCAGGAAGGGGUCCACACUCUGUCUGCAAUGACUGCAGGGAUUCGCCGGAACUGGAUCCAGGCGGUCAUGAAGAACGUUCGACCUUCCACUGCCCCAGAUGUAGCAAGCUCCACCGAGGACCACGGCUCAUUCUCACCUCUGGAAGGGUUGGUGCGACCAGACGUCACCCAGGACUCACCUUCCUCUGAGACAUCCUCCGUGGACUCUCCGGCGGUCUCCAAGAGCAGGGCCCGGGAGCGCAGGCGAGAGGGCCGCUCCAAGACGUUUGAUUGGGCAGAGUUCAGACCCAUCGCCCAGGCCUUGGCCCAACAGAGGGCGCAGGAUGCUGACCUGGGAGAGCUGGACAAGAGCCGGCGCAGAGAGGAGAGACGCAAGAGGUACGAGUCUGUGAGCAGCACGGACGGGAGCCGGGAGCAGGAGGAGAGGAGCGAGCAGAGCGAGGAGAGGAGCGAACAGAGCGAGGAGAGUUCAGAGCAUGCGCAGCAGAGAGUGGAGGAGGCCAUCGAACAACACUGGAGACAGGUGGAGAAGGCGCCCAUCCGAGAGGAGAGGAGAGUGUCCCUGGCCUCUGCACCGCUUCUCCGACAGGCUGCAGAGCUGGAGCAGCUGCUGGACACCUACAAACAAGGGAUGGAGGAGCUGAAGGCCCAGCUGGAGAACUGUCAUCAGCAGCUUCUGGAGUCCAACCGGCACAAGGAUCAGCUGGAGCAUCAGCUAAGAAGUGCUCUGGAGAGGGAGCCGGAAAUCCGCACAGGCUACAUCUCUCCUCUGGAGCCCCCUGUGGGCCAGGAGGCCGAUGUGACGCCCCAGAUGAAGAAGAGUGAGCUGGUUAGUUCCCAGGCGCAGAGUUUAACCAGGAAGUACCAGGAGACCAAGGAACUCCUGAAGCUGCAAGAGUUGAAAAAGCGCAGUAUGCAGGCACAGCUUGGGCUCACGCUUUCUCACCUGCCUAAUAAGGACACUUACUUUUCUGACACACCUCCCCCUGAACUUGUUCUAAAAACAGUUGGUCUCUUGCUUCAUGACAGCUCCGAGGCUAUUCAGGAGCUGGAAGAAAUGCUGACUGAUAAAACGAUCACCACCAAGGAGCUGUCUUCCCUGCUGAAAUUGCAUAGCUGUAAUCGCGACAUACCCGACCGACUGUUACUCCAGAAGAUAUUAGAAACCUGGCAAUGCCAACAGGAGAUCACAAAUGAGACCAUCAAGACAAGUUUAGCCAAGGCUGGAGAAAGCAUCCGAGAGUACGAGUCACGUCUUUUGACCAUGGAGGAAGAGUUUGGGAAAGUCCAGAGGAAAAAUACUGAAGGCCUCAAAAGUCCUUUCAGUCCUUGUCCAAAGAUUGACAAUCACUCAGAACCAAGGGAGAUGACGAUUGGAAUGCUAUCACAGAAAGUGGAACUGCUGACCUGCGAGAACGGAGCCUUGAAACAACGCUGCCAGGAGAUCAUCAAUCAGCUGACAGAAGCUGAUCGCGAAAUAGAUCGUCUCAAAGCAGAGCUGAUCAGUCAGCAAGGUGGCAAGCAGAACCAUCUUGUCGCAGAGGAGCUUAAAAUUUUAAAGGCCGAGCUAGCUGAGAAUCAGGCUAAUGCCAUUGAUCGAGAGUACUAUGAGAGGGAGCUUAAUGAGAAGUCUUUAAGGCUCCAUGAAGCUCUAGUUACCCUGGAGGAGCUCGGAACUACCCUCAAAGAAACAGAAAUGAAACUCCAGCUGAAGGAAGCCACUUUGAAAGGUUUGGGCUUCACUGCAAACAUGGAAGAUCUGAAGAUUCAGAUUGAAGGCGAAGUGAUUGACUCGGUAGAUAAGACAAUAGAACUUCAGGACAUGUCAGCAAAGCACAAAAAGGAGCUGAGAGACCUUAAAGAGACCUACGAGCAGGAAAAUCAGAAGUUACAGCAGGAUUUAGCGAAGGUCAACAAGGCGUUACGCCUCCGUUCUGAAGAAAACGUCAAAGAGAUUGACUCACUGACCAACUGCAUGGAAAACCUCCAGCAGAAGCAUGAAGCUGAGCAGAAGCGCCUCACUGAGAAGUUCAAUAGCGACAUGGCGGAGCUCUGGAGUUCAGUCAAUCAAGCAAAUUUAGCAGAAUGUGAAGCGUUUUCUCUCCAAACGCUAAAAGAGCACAUCCAAGAGCUGGUCCAUCAAUUGUCCGUCACGAGCGAAGAAAAGAGGCGGCGCGAGGAGCAGGACGAGCCCACCACUCUGCGGCGGAAAUACGAGCAGGAGCUGGAGAACCUGAAGGCCACGUGUGAGCGGGGCUUCGCUGCUAUGGAGGAGUCCCAUCAGAAAGUGAUCGACGAGCUGCAGAAGAAACACCAGAGGGAGUUGGAGAACCUCCAGGAAGAGAAGGAGAGGCUGCUGGCGGAGGAGACUGCGGCCACUAUAGCAGCUAUUGAAGCGAUGAAGAACGCACACCGCUCGGAGCUGGAGAAGGAGCUGGACAAGGCCCGCAAAGCAAACAACCAUGCAGAGAAUGCAGACAUGGAGGAAGUCCAACGGCAGCAUGACGAGGAGCUGGGUUCCUUCCAGAGGGAGAUCGAGGUGCUGUCGGAGCAGUACUCUCAGAAGUGCCUGGAGAACGCUCACCUGGCCCAGGCCCUGGAGGCGGAGAGGCAGGCUCUGAGGGUGUGCCAGAGGGAGAACCAGGAUCUGAACGCACACAACCAGGAGCUGAACAACAGGUUGGCCACAGAGAUCACCAGGAUGCGCUCCAUGGCAUCAGAGGAGGGCUCCUCGGAGGGCACCACCAUACAUGGCAAAGAGCUCUACGAAUUGGAGGUGAUGCUCAGGGUGAAGGAGUCUGAAGUGCAGUACCUGAAACAGGAAAUCAACUCUCUUAAAGAUGAGCUCCAGUCAGCACAGCGGGACAAGAAGUACGCCACGGACAAGUACAAAGACAUCUACACGGAGCUGAGCAUUGUGAAGGCCAAAGGUGAGAGGGACGUGGGCCGCCUCCGAGAGCAGCUGCAGCUCGCCCACGAGGCGCUGGGGGAGGCGGAGCUGGAGGACCUGGACCGCUGCGGAUACGACAUCAUGAAGUCCAAAAGUAACCCUGACAUUCUAAAGAUGGCCGCUGCUGCCAAGCGCUCAGAGCGCACGCUGAGGUCCAAGGGCUGCAGUCCCCCCUUCCCCCCCUCUGCUUCGGAGAGUCUAAAGGAGGGCCUGACCCCUGAACAGCGCCUCCACCUGUUCGAUAACAAGGACUCCAAAGAGUUCUGA